GUUGGCUUGAGGAUGAGGAGGAUCUGAAGAUGAAGAGAGCUAUUUAUCAGCUCAACACAUCCUACUCAAACAGCGAUAAGCGACCUUCUGAUUGGUCAGCGUUUGUUAUAUUUGGGGCACUUUUGCAGCAUUGCACCUCGUCAUUGUUGAACAGGGAAUCGGGGGAAUAUAAGAGUUGAAUUCUUGUGUUUUGCUGUUUGAGUUGGAGAUGCUUCGCUCUCAGGUGCAGGUACUUCUCGUGGCUUUGUUUUCCUCUGUGCUUCUGGUGCAGGUCAGCGGUGCUCCACACAGAGACAUGCUGACAGAGACACUGAGAGCAGAUCUCGCAAAUGACAAGGAUCUCGCUCACUUGCUCUUGCUGAAGUUUGUGUCCGAACUGAUGGCGGCCCGAGGAGACGAGAUGUUCCCCGAGCCGGAGGAGGCUGAGGAGGCGGGAGUCAGGGAGGAGGUGAUGCGGCGACAUGUUCCAUUCUCCCAAAGAGAGCGCAAGGCAGGCUGCCGCAACUUCUUCUGGAAGACGUUCACCUCGUGUUAACACGAGUGCAAGAGCCGUUCAAGCUGGGAGUAUUUUUGUUUUUGACUGAAGGAUCAGUUCUUCCAUGUUUGCUCACUUUGUUGUAACUGGAUCAUUUACUGCAAGAGGUCAAAUUAAACAGGUGAUUGGGCAGUUGUAAACAGUAAUGAGGUUGGAUGUUUUGAGAUUGGUUGGGAUGUAAAGUGUCUAAAAUAAAACUUUUGUGAUUUUA